AUGAUCCACCGCGAAGUAGCCGAUGGUCUAGAGCGUCUUUGGAACGUAAGAGUAAAAUGCAUAUGGGAAGCCGAUGAAAGUAGUCGCCAUGGAGAGGUUUAUAUAUUCGACCAUGUAUUUAAUCAGGAAUGUACAAAUUCAGAUGUAUAUGGAUCUGUAGUAAAACCUUUAGUCGAUUCCUUCAUGGAAGGUUUCAAUGCCAAAUAUUUGCAUAUGGCCAAACAUCUUCUGGCAAAACACACACCAUUUUGGGCAAUAAACAGAUCCUGGGCUUUUCCAAUUAGUAUCCAAUCACAUGUGGCAGACCAGGUUGAUAAGAGGUACUUGAUUAGAUGCAGUUAUAUUGAAAUCUACAAUGAAAAGAUCAAUGACCUCCUGGAUAAGAGCAAUCAGGGUUUAACUAUGAGAAGAUAUCAAAGGAAAUGUGCUGCUUGA